UUUCGUCGUGUGGGCCUUGAAUCUCUGCGCUCCGUUGGUCAAAGAUGGACCGAAAGCCGAAAGAGAUCGCUUGGAGUGAUGAACAAACUUUCGAUUUGUUAGAAGUCAUAGCAAAAGAAACGGUGAGCGAUGAGUUCUUGAUUGGCGGAUCAUCGAUACGCCAAAAUUUCGAAACCGUCUACAAAAAUAUUGCGAAAAAGAUGUGGCUAUGCGGACACAUCCAUAUGAACGGGCACGAUAUACAGGCACGCUGGGAGAAACUGCAGCGGUGUUACAUCAAGGCGGUCCUCUCCGGUGAUUCCACCUUUGCCGGACCGUUCUACGAGGAGCUCCAUGAACUGCUAAGUGGCGAGCGAAAAAUGGACAGCCCAACCAAUGACAGAAAUACCGCCGGAGAAUCACCGGAAGAACCUUCGAAUGGCCUUGAAGAAUUGCACUCUUCGAAAAAAACGUCCCAUAAUGCGGUGAUGAGGAAAAUCAAAAAGUUCCGCAACACAAACGACGGAACUUACUACAAGCGGUGCCAACAGCUGAACGAGUACGCAGGCACACUGUCCGGGAUGUUGUCGCAGGGCCGCAAAAGUCGGUUCAACAAAGUGCUACUCCGAAACAAAAAUUCGUCCUACCGGCAUUUCGAGCGAAUGCUCGAUGAAACAAACGAUCAGUUCAUUUUCCAAACAUUCAGAACGCAACACCACCACUGACAGGGCUGAGAUCAACGGAAGGAAGGGAAGGGUUAUAAUAAAAUAAUCCUAGCACCGAACAGUUGCUAGGAUUUAGUUUCUAUCGAGUAAUCUCGGCAGGGCCGUAUUUAUUGGUUUCACUUUUGCAGGACAGCUAUCAAUUAGAAUUCCAGUUUCAUUUAUUCAAAUCAAAUUUCGUUGUUCAAACUACAAGGCGGCUACUGAGGUGAAAGUUGCGCGAAAUUUAUGAAAAUAUCGAUAUUGGUCUUAAACAAUUCCACCUCUCGUGCAAAAACAUUUCAGGUCAGUUAGAGAUCGUUUCUAAUCCAAAGCAUAAGUUAUAAACAAGCGGCACAAAAAAUGAAGGAAAUAAAACAAAAACAUUCGCGCGUUUAUGACGAGUGAUCCACAGAGACACCGAAAUUGAACCACUUUUCAAUCUUUCAAACCUUUACGCGCGGACUUUUUCGGCAAGCCAAGCACUUCGAACACGUGAUCUAUUCGUUUAAUUUAAUCUAUUCAAUGCCAAACUAUUAUAAAAUAUAAUUGCCGCAAAUCAGUGGUUCGGCUCAUUAAUAAAGUACACCUGA